CUGAAUACUGCUGCCUGAGGCCUUCAGCCUGUCUCAACACACCAUCUUCAGCUGCCAGGGCCAUGGCUCUAUUGUUCAACUUGAUACUGGCCCUCUUGACCAUUUUUGUUGGACUGUGUUUCUCAGAGUCUCCAACUAGAGUGCGGCUAGUGGGAGGCGCCCACCGCUGUGAAGGGCGAGUGGAGGUGAAACACAACGGCCAGUGGGGGACUGUGUGCGAUGACGGCUGGGACUUGAUUGAUGUGUCUGUGGUGUGCCGGGAGCUGAAUUGUGGAGCAGCGAAAAAAACCCCGAGUGGUGCAUCAUAUCAUCCACCAGCAUCAGAAGGGCAAAGCGUUCUUAUUCAAGGAGUUGAAUGCAGUGGGGCGGAAGACAUGCUGGCUCAAUGUACGCUAAAUUACGAUGUUUUUGAUUGCUCGCAUGCAGAAGAUGCUGGGGUACAGUGUGAGAACCCAGACAAUCCAGAGAAUGUGCGGCUAGUAGAGGGCCUCGGGCGCUGCCAGGGUCGACUGGAGGUGUUCUACCAGGGCCAGUGGAGCACUGUGUGCAAAGCAGGCUGGAACUUACAGGCUUCAAAGGUGGUGUGCAGGCAGCUGGGCUGUGGGCGAGCACUGCUGGCCCACAGAUGCUGCAAUAAGAAUACCCAGGGCAAAGGACCCAUCUGGAUGAGCAAGAUGUCAUGUUCUGGACGAGAAGCAAACCUUCAGGACUGCCCUUUCAGUCCUUUGGAGAGCAAUUGUACCCAUGGCGAGGACACGUGGAUGGAAUGCGAAGAUCCCUUUGAGCUGAGGCUGGUAGGAGGAGACACCACCUGCUCUGGGAGGUUGGAGGUGCUGCACAAGGGUUCCUGGGGCUCUGUCUGUGAUGACAGCUGGGGAGAAAAGGAGGACCAAGUGGUCUGCAAGCAACUGGGCUGUGGGAAGUCCCUCUUUCCAUCCCCUAAAGCCCGCCAAAGCUUCGGGCCUGGGACAGGCCGCAUCUGGCUGGAUGACGUCAGUUGCUCAGGGAAGGAAGAGUCUCUUGAGCUCUGCCGGCACAGGCUGUGGGGAUACCAUGAUUGCACGCACAAGGAAGAUGUGGGCGUGAUCUGCUCAGAGCUUUGAUGUAUGAGCUGGAUCCCUGCUUGUUCAUUGAUUCUCCCAGUGGUUAAAUCUGGCCUUGGGCUUUAGCCACCUCUCCCUCAACCUCUCAGGAGUCUGAACAUUGUGCUCAUAUCUUGAUCCAGCGUUACAUGCUACCACAAUCACCUCAAGAUGUGAGCUGCUGUGCUCCUUGCCUGAUGACAUUUCCAAUUUCCCUAUGCUCACUGUUCACUCCUUGGUAACGUCCCCAUCUUUACUUCUGCUCCCCAGCCUGCCUGCAACUCUUGGGCCUGCCAGAAUUGUACAGGUCAUGAUUAAGGCACAGGCCAUGAUUAAGUCUGUGAGCCACACUGAGGAUGUGACAACAUGAGGAACACUUAAGAGGGAAUGUGGGUAGACAGUAUUUUGGAGGUUGAGGAGAAAAUGCAACUGUUUAAAUGCUUUUAAAACUUGUAACAAGUGAAGUGAUCAUGGCAAUAACACUUUACUACUCUGUUUUCUCUCAGAGAAAGUAACAGGGUGGUUUCCUACAGCCCUCAAAUGUUACCUGUUGAGUUCUAGAUGUCUACCCAAAACCUCCAUGUUUAAAGUUUGGUGUCUAAUGCAACAGUAUUCUGAGGUGGGGGCCUAGAGAUCUAACUGCAUCACAUGAUUUGAUCCCUCAGCCUUUAUGAGUGGAUUAAUCACUAGUGAAUCCACUGGGAGAUGGUAGAUACUUCAGGAGUUGGGACCUAGUUAGAGAAGAAGUUAGUUGUUGGAGUGUGUCUUUGGAAGGGGAUAUUUUGUCCACAGCUUGACCACCUCCCCGUGUAGGUAGGUUGCUUGCAUAUCUUAGCUACUGCGUGUGAAUUAUACUACAAUAAACAUGAUGAGUGUUCAGGUA